GUUAAAAUUUAACCUUUAUGACUAACCCCAGUUUGUUUAUUUAAGGACACUGAAUUCUGUGAGCCUUCUGGCUUUGGGUUGUGAUCUUGUUUUUUUAGCACAACUCUCCUUCUCUCUCCUCCUCCUCCCUAAAAAAAUUCUUUGUUUCUCUUUCUUCUCUUGGAUCAAGAAAUAUUUUACAAAAUUCUUUUUAUUUUAUAUACAUCUGCGUAGAACGGAUUGGUGUUUUAAUUUUUUUUUUUAAUUUAAUUUAUUUCUGCAUGGGGUUACUACUGGAUGAAAUAACUGAUGAUGAUGGGAGGAUUGAUCAUAAAUGGUUGAUUAAACAAAAAAUAAUAAGAAUCUAAACCCCCCCCCCCAAAAAAAAAAAAGAAAAAAACCUUUUGACAAGCUGAAACAAAUUUGGUUCAAUUCUAGCUCCCCCAUCUCCCCUUUUCUUGAAUCAUGAAGAGAUUAAACAGUUCAGAUUCUCUGGGUGCCCUUUUUUCCAUGUGCCCUUCAUCAGAUGAUCAUAGUCCAAGGAACAACAUAUACAGUAGGGAUUACUGUAUGUUAGAUGGGCUAGAUGAAGAUGGGUGCAUAGAAGAAAGUGGUCAUGUACCUGAAAAGAAAAGAAGGCUUAGUGUGGAUCAAGUUAAGGCUUUGGAGAGAAAUUUUGAGGUCGAAAACAAGUUAGAGCCUGAAAGGAAGGUUAAACUAGCUCAAGAACUUGGGUUACAACCUAGACAAGUUGCUGUUUGGUUUCAAAAUAGGAGAGCCAGGUGGAAAACUAAGCAAUUGGAAAGAGAUUAUGGUGUUCUUAAGUCUAGUUUUGAUACUCUUAAACAUAAUUAUGAAUCACUUCAACUAGACAAAGAUGCUCUAUUAAAAGAGAUUAAAGAGCUGAAAGCAAAGCUAAAUUCAGAGAGUAAUAAGAGCAGCAUCAAAGAAGAAAUUUCUCUGUAUGAAUCUGAUCAUAUGAAUGAGAUUGACAUUGAACCAAUCACUCCACCAGAAUCAAUGAGUGAUGGAUCACAAAAUGCAAAAUUAAUAAAGGUAAAAAAUGUGUUUGCAGAGGUUAAAGAUGGUUCAGAUAGUGAUUCAAGUGCAAUUUUAAACGAUCGUGAUAACAGCCCAAAUGCCUCAAAUUCUUCAAGUGGGCAAAUUUUCCAGACUCAACAACUGAUCAUGUCUCCUAAUUCAUCAUCCUUCAGAUUCAACUGUUCAUCAUCAUCAUCCCCGCCAUCAUCAAUCAACGGUUUAAGUUUUUCUGAUUCAAGAUCAGACGGUCUAGAAACAAAAUCCCAAAAGAAUUUUGAUCAUGAUAAUAAUGUGUAUCAUCCCCACUUUGUGAAGAUUGAAGAACACAACUUUUUUAGUGGAGAAGAGGCUUGUAAUUUCUUUUCAGAAGAACAAGCUCCUUCUCUUCCUUGGUAUUGCCCAGAUCAAUGGAGUUAAAUAAAAAAAUAAAAAAGAAACCCAGAUUUAAAAGUUCUUAAAUUAAUUAAUGGGAUAAAAAAGUGUAAAAAUUGAUGAAUUUGGUAAGGAGAUGUUUGGUUACCAAACACCAUAAAAAGAAAAAACAUCCUCCAUUAAAUGUGAAGAAGUUAGGUUCCCAAGGUGGUCAGAAUUUGAUGUAAGGAAGGAAGAAAAAUGGAAGGAGGCCAUGUGGGCAGGACAUGGGAAGAGAGAGAGAAAGAAAGGUGAGUUUUUGGAGGCUUAUGUGAAAUCUGCUGUGCCUGAAAUGUACACCGUGCGGCAAUGAAUGAUUAGGCAGUAAUUGGAGCACCUAUUUCUGUAAAAAUCAUAAAAUUUUCAAAUUAUUAUUAUUAAUAUUAUUAUAAUUACUUUAUUCUGCAAGAACAGGAUAAACCCUGUUUAUGCAGAGAAUAAAA